AUGCCAAGUCACUCAGUGAGUCGGUCCGCUUUACCGAGUAUCGCCAGCCAAAUCGAAGCCGAUACCACCGAGCGGACGAAGCGAGUCGAGGACAACAACAACAACAAGGUCACCGAGUAUUUGGCUAUCGUGCAGGAAGACUUGAGCCGGAGUGGUCGCCUGUACACGAACGACAAAUAG